AUGCGCGGAAUAUCUUUAAUCGGUCUGAUUCUUUUCCUGCGCCCUCACCUCGCGUACACGGAGAAGGUCCCAGUGAAAAGCAUUGGUACCAGCUUCACCAUCAAUGGAGACAAAUUGACAUGGCCUGAUGGUCCUUUCACGGGAAGCUUGACCUGCACUGGCCCCACUAAGGUCCUCAGCCUGAGUUCUUGCCAGCGGUACGGCACCUGCUGUCCUCCCGGCACCACCCUUAAGGGUUCCCCGGAUACCGAAUGGCAUUGCUGUGGCAAGGGUCACGAUGUGACCGGCUCUAAGAAUGUGGGCUAUGAGUGCUGUCUGUGGGGUUCCACCUUCGACGGCAACAGCUGCCAGAGAGAGGAGGUGUGCCACAACGGCAAGCAUUUGAUCGGUGGGAAAUGCCAGUGCCCCUCUGGUCACGAAGAGGCUGCCGAUGGCACUUGCAAGCCUGCGAGGUGUCAAUCAGGCAUUGAAAGUGGCAAAUGCUACUUCCUCAAGGGACGAUCCGGCAAUUAUUUGACAUUCAACAACCAAUACUCCGAACUCGAAUUGAACCCCUAUGUCAGACCCAGCAAGUUCCAAUUCUGCCGAAACGAAAAAUGCACUCCUGGCCUGCCUAUCAACCCCACCCACGAGUUCUACAUGAAGGACCUCCACGGCUUGCUGCCAGAAGCAACCGACGCCGGACUGUGGAUCGACAACACAAACAACGGCGGUUACAUUGGCAAGACUUACGACUUUGCCAAUGCUGGAAACUUCUUGAUUACCAAGUGGCCCGGCGGCAGAUAUUGUCUCACUGGAUUCUCCGAGGGACUCGCGCAGGCUUAUCCUGAUGUCCUUCCUGGUCUCAGCUUCAAUAGCCGUGCCCCGGAUGCGUGCAUUGAAUUCGAGCUCACCGAGGUGCCUUGCAACAUCAGGGAUGAUGCGAACAACUGCAUCUGGGGAAAUGGUGAACGGUGUGGCCCCAAGCCCGUGCAUCAUUCUGUAGUUUAA